AUGGGGCUCAGCCGGAAGAAGCGCGUGGGGCUCGGAACAGGAACGGGCAUGUCAUGGAAGGAUAACAACGCGUUCGCGGAUGACCAGGCAAACCUCCUAUUCUUGGAAAGCAUGAGGGAAAGAAUCGAUGCAAUGCUCUCUAGCGGCACAAUGGAAGACGGUCUGGCACUCGGAGCAUGCUCGGAUGUCGUCGAGCACGCUUUGAGCUUCAAGCUAGACUUGGGCAGCGGCGAUACGGUCGUCAUCCUACCGGGAUACGAGGGCUUGCUGAGGCGACCCAUGUGCGUGGAUGUGACAGCUCAAGCCCUGCUCAACGGGGCGGACAGCGCAGACGGAGGGGGCAAGGGAAUACCUUUCCUAGAUCGGGAGGUGGAAUAG